AUGAUGUCGUUUGAUGAUGAUGAUGAUGAUGAUGAUGAUGAUGAUGAUGAUGAUGAUGAUGAUGAUGAUGAUGAUGAUGAUGAUGAUGAUGAUGAUGAUGAUGAUGAUGAUGAUGAUUAUGAUGAUGAUGAUGAUGAUUAUGAUCAUGAUCAUGAUCAUGAUCAUGAUCAUGAUACAAUAACUUUGCGUUUUUCUUUUGCCAAAACAAUCAAUGUUUAUAAUAAUAAUAAUAAUAAUAAUAAUAAUAAUAAUAAUAAUAAUAAUAAUAAUAAUAAUAAUAAUAAUAAUAAUAAUAAUAAAUGUACAUAA